AUGGACCAUCAAGCUGGCAAUUGGUAUAAAUGGUUUAUUGCUGCGGCGAGUUUGGCGACUGCCGGAUCGCUUUACUCUGCAUUUGUUGCCUCUAGAAAGCUCUCAAAGUUGGCACCCCCCAAAGAAGGAGUAGCAGAUUUAAUCGGUAACACCCCGAUGGUGAAACUGGAGUCCCUCUCAAAUUCGACGGGCUGUGAAAUCUAUGCAAAGCUUGAACUGUGCAAUCCCGGCGGUAGCGCCAAGGAUCGGGUGGCCCUGGGUAUAGUACGAGCCGCCGAACGCAAGGGCCUCCUCAGACCCGGAAUGCCUGAUAUAGUUUUUGAAGGGACUUCUGGAUCUACUGGAAUCUCGAUAGCCACGAUUUGUAAUGCGUUGGGCUACAAAGCGCAUAUUUCUCUGCCUGAUGACACUUCUGAGGAGAAACUAGCACUUUUGGAAAGUUUAGGGGCCCAAAUCAAUAAAGUGCGGCCUGCUGGAAUCGUCGAUCCCGAACAAUACGUCAAUGCUGCUCAGAGAGCGUGUAACGAUCUGAAUAGCAGUCAGGAGGUCAACUCUCAAGGUGUUUUUGCAGACCAAUUUGAAAACGAUGCAAACUGGAGAGUUCAUUACGAGGGGACGGGGCCGGAAAUAUAUAAGCAAAUGGAUGGUUGUAUGGAUGUGUUCAUCGCUGGCUGUGGGACUGGAGGAACGAUAUCGGGUGUUGCCAAGUACCUGCGAGAAAAGCUGGGUGACAAAUUGACAGUUGUACUAGCGGAUCCACAAGGCUCUGGAUUUUACAAUCGUGUGAAGCAUGGAGUAAUGUACGACCAAGUGGAGCAAGAAGGAACCCGAAGACGGCACCAAGUGGACACGAUCGUGGAGGGCAUCGGCCUCAAUAGGGUAACCCAUAAUUUCAGCCAAGGUGAAGCUUUCAUCGAUGACGCUGUGAGAGUGACCGACAGCCAAGCUAUUCGUAUGGCCAAGUUUUUGUCUGUCAACGAUGGGUUUUUCAUUGGGAGUAGUACUGCCAUCAACGCAGUUGCUGCCGUCAAAGUUGCCAAGCACUUGCCACCUGGAUCCAAGAUUGUGAUUAUUGCCUGCGACAGUGGCUCUAGGCAUCUUAGUAAAUUCUGGAAAGCGGCCAAACAAAUAGAUCCACGUAUCUCUUUACAAGAGGUACUCGACAGUCCUCGAUCGUGA